GGCAACCCUGCCCCUGACGUCUUCUGUUGUCUCUGUUAAAAUUAAGGAUCAGAAUGACAGAAACAGUGUCCGUAUCGGUGAAAUGGGACCACCAUCAUUCUGUGCUUCUUCAUGCAAUUCAAGAAAUAUAUAAGAAGGAAAUCUUUGCUGAUGUCAAACUUGAAUGUGAUGGCCAUGAAUACUGGGUGCACAAAUUUAUUUUGUCAGCCUGCAGUGAAUACUUUGAAGAUGUGUUGAUAAAUGUUCCUCACAAAGGAUCUAUAAUACUUUCUGAUAAUAUUCAGUAUAAAGAACUCGUCUCUCUCCUUGACUUCAUGUAUCUAGGAGAAGUUGUCGUACCCCAGACAGACUUGGCAGAACUUGUAAAUGCUGCAGAAAUUUUAAUGAUUCGAGGGCUUGCUGUUCCAUGUGAAGAUUUUAGUGAUGAUGGUGAAAUCAAUGGGGAGAAUUCACAACGGAAAGAAGUAUAUAAAAUUACAAAAAGCAAACUACAUAAAUCGAAUAGGGAAUCAGAAAUUAAUAUGAGAUUUGGUAAUAAGACAACUAAAAGAGGAGGAAUGCACUAUAAAGGAAAAAGAAAGAAGCACAAUGAAAAAGUAACAAUUAAAGAAGAACCUGUCAAGUAUUAUGAAUCAGAAACGCCGGAGUUAUCUGAAAAUCACUCGGAUGGCUACUCAUUUCAAGAAAGUCAAUUAACAAAUCUGAAUACAGUCAAUGGAGAAGCAACAGUGGCCCCAAGUACUGAGCAGAGUUGUCAAAGUUCCAGUGCUGACAUCAACAAUAUGCUUAAAGUCUUAAUUGACAACUCUCCGGGAAGCGGUAAAAUUGAUCCUACUGUUACUGAAGGAAAUUCUGUAAUUCAUUCAGACAGUGGAAGAACAGUUGAAAGAAAACAAAACCUUAUCCUCGAAGCUGAUGCUGGGUUUGUAUGUCCUCAGUGUCGGAAAACUUUUCAGUGGAGGAGUAACCUCACAAAGCACAUGCGAACCCAUACUGGGGAGAAACCAUACAGCUGUAACAUUUGUGCAUACAAGACUAGCUAUAGUGAAGCAUUGAAGAGACAUGUGAGAAUACAUACAGGUGAAAAGCCUUAUGCAUGUGAAAAGUGUGAUUACAAGAGUAGAGACUAUGGCUCAUUGAAAUUACACAUGAAAAAACAUAUUCAUCAGAAUGAUAUGCUGUUGUAAAUUUAGGUAAAAAAAAAAUUAGUUUUUUCAUUAUGAUUGCACUCUUCAAGGGAGAUUCCUUGAUGCUGGUGAAGAACUCUUGAUCCAACGAAAUGGAGUUUCCCCUCCCCUCCCUUAGAUCAAACCAGAUUGUCUCAUUCCCAAGGCACUCUAUGCCCCUUGUCGGUUUAGCACUUUCCCACAAAUUUAAUGAUAAUGACCCUUACAGCUUUAGUGCUUCCUGUGAAUAUAUUAAUGAUUUUGAUUACAUUUUAAAUAAGAUCUGGCCAUUUAAUUUAUAAUGACUCAAAAACUAAAGAUAAUGUUUUACAAAACUUGGCUGUUUUUCUCACAAAUGCCCGGGGGAGAGUUGUAAUCAUGUAUUGAUUCUUGGGAACUUUAAACAAUGCACUCUAGGAACCUACUUAGUAUUACACAAAGGAUUUUUUCCUAACCCUGUUUAGCAGUUCUCCAUGACUAAUAAUCCCUCUCUCAAGUUGACCUACAUUGACUCCUAGCCAGUUUUAUUGAAGGUCUUUCGGGAAAAUGUCUGCUGGUCUUCCUCUGAUACAGUAUAUUAGUUAUGUUUACUACAACUUGUAAACUCUUGAUCUUGGAUACAUUACAACAAUUUUUUCUGUGCUUAUGGUACUUUUAUGCUGGAAUUAUUUUCUAUAUUCUACAAUAUCUCAUUUAUAAAAUACAUUUCCUUGAGCAGAUUUAGAACUACAUGUUCCAGUAGGUAGGCAGUAUUAUACUGUACUGUAUAUUUUGGCCAUGCUUCAGGUAUAUGCUCAUUGCUUUCUGGCAUUUUUUAAAUCUAUAAUGGUUAAUUUAGUUUUUGUAACCUUGUAAUUAGUUACCAACAGCAAGAUGGUAUCUUAUUGUGUAAAAAAUUUUUUAUUGUAUAUUAAAUACGACUGCAGUGAUGCGAAACUCAGAAUAUUUGUGUAUGCUCUUAAAACAAGGCAUCCUAUUAAAAGUGUGCAUUGUGCCAGUACCAUGAACGUGUAGACCUGGUGAACUUUCUAUGUACAUUCCAUAAUACCACACCUGGGUAUGUUAUACAGUCACAGUUGAAAGUGCAGGAACAACAGAUUUUUGCUAGAGCAAAUUUUUCAAGAUUCUGAGGUUUUAAAUUACUGUAAUUCGUUAUUUAUUGUAUUCUAUCCCCCCCACUCAUGGGAGGGUCCUUAAUGCUGAUACUUCCCAGACUGUAUGAUCCCUACUGGUUCAGUGCUUCCCAGCAAUAUAAUACAGUACAUCCUCUUUUAUUAUUUUUUUUUAUUAUUAACACGUCAACUGAUUCCCACCAAGACAGGGUGGCCCAAAAGAGAAAAACUUUCAUCAUUCACCCCAUCAUUGCCUUGCCAGAGGGGUGCUCUCCACUACAGUUAUAAAACUGCAACAUUAACACUCCUCGUUCAGAGUGCAGACACUACUUCCCAUCUCCAGGACUCAAGUCCGGCCUGCCAGACAGUAAAAAAGACACAGUGCCAUGACUGGAACAAUAACCAUUAACUAGACACAUACUAUAUGUGUGACUAGUUAAUGGUUCAAGUCAGACUGAAAUGUCGUCAUAAAUUUCUUUCUCUUAUGCGCAGGUUAUUUGUGUAAUACAACACUACAUAGUGUGAUUUUGUCUUAAGCACGACUGAAAAGUGCAUCCAUUUUUGCAUAGCACUUGAAGCCUUGAUGACAUGCUCAGUCAGCAUGGAAGAACCAAGUUAGGUGCAAAAUCUUAGUAGUCGGUGCCAUGGAAUUUUUAUCCCCUUCUGACCCAAGUUGAGCCUAAGGGUUGAGUGUUGUGUAAGGCACAGCUGCUUCCCAUCCCCACUGACACACAAUACCUUCAUUUGCUUUCUGGGAGCAUAUGUUUGGAAACAAUUCUCGAUAUUUUCUCUAGUUUUCCUAAAGACUCAAGUGCAGGAAAUUAUGGCUUUGGCAAUGACUGUGAAACGUGAUUCAGGCAAAUUAUGUAUAUUUUGUCCCCAGGAUACAACCCACACCAGUUGGCUAACAUCCAGGUACAGCAGAAUGGGUGGUGCUUGAACCCAUAGCAGGAUAGUCCUAGAACUCCCAGGCCAGUUCUGUGAUUUGUUUGCAGUCAUGUCAUGAUUUCCUGAGUCAUAAACAGUCAUUACUGCAACAGUUAACACUACAAAUCCAGUGUUGCUUUUGAGAAACAGAUUUUAAAAUGCCACAUGCUUGUCUUGCAGGUUUCCCUCAGACCAUUAUUUAUACCAGGAUUAAAUUUUUUGAAACAUAAAUAACAAAAAAGCAAAAUGAUAGUUAAUAAUAUGUUAACCAAACAAAGAUAUUCAUUUCGAAGGGACAAAUUUUUUUAGGGUAAGCAAUGUCUACAUUGCUUCUUAUGAAUACGCAUCACUGGUUAAAUGACAUACGAUCAUAAAAUGAAACAAGAAAAUAAAAAAUAUAGCUCCAAUUAAAAAAUACAACUCUGCAACUAUAAAAUAAAGAAAAACAGUACUAAAAGAACACUAGAUAAUGUUUUUCACAUUUAGUGGUAAAUGAAUAAAAUGAAUCCAAAGCUAAGUAAGACAGAAUGUGCUCAACAACUGGAAACAAAAAACUGUCAAACUAAAUGCUGAAGAUAGAAUACAAAUGAGAACAGGCAUGCCUCUGUAACUAGAAAUAAGUAAUCAGAAAUAGGUAGUGACAUUGUCCAGCACAUCUAGAUGCUUUAUGAAUAAUGUGUCAUAUGAGAUAAACAUUGCUCAAUUUAUUUAAUCAUAUUCAAAUGAAAAUUCAAAUGUUUAUGUAACCAAAAUUGUUUCUGUAAUACAGUAUAUUUUUUCAUUAUACAUAUACAUAUAUAUAUGGGUUCUAUCUCUGGUGUGAGGUAUGAGGACCUGUAGUCUUGGAGACGUAAAUAAUAUAGCUUCUAUGAAAAAAUCUCAAUAUUUCUCCUGGUAGCUAUUGGAACAUUUUUGUUCUACCACUGUAUAUUUUUGUUACAUACAUUUAUUGGUUAAGUUUUAUUGAGGACUUCACAUAUGUGUAGUACAUUUUAUAUUGGUUUAAUUUCUACCAAAAAUCUUGUCAUAAAACUAAUUUGCUG